UACGCGACGCGACUUCGCGUGAAAGUCACAGCCAAUCACCUGCGGUAUAAUUUCAAUGAAGGAGAAAAGAAGAUUUGGUUCAUGUUUUUAGCUUAUGCAGCUCAAGCUUGAACGGUCUCUAGCGCCUCUGCUCUGCUCUACUCUACCGCCAUUUCCCGAAUGGCUUCAAUCUUUACUCUUCCACGUCCAACCCUUUCUCUUUACUUUCCAAAAUAUCGCAAGGUGUUUAAUUGCAAUGUAUUGCAAAGUCCAUUCCUUAAAGAUUGGAACCUUGGGUUUUCCAGAAAGGAGAGGUUCGAACCCUUUACUUCAACAGCUUCCAUAGAGUUGAGGAGAAGGAGGAGAACUUUGAUCUGUGCAGUCAACCAAGAUGCCGAGAAAGCUUUUAAGAAGACUGUAGAAGUGGAUAGACUCAUUGAUAUGUUGAGGGAGGCAAACCCGAGUGAACUUCAGAAACUUGUCGUUGAAAAUAUCCUUGCGUUCAAUGAGACCUUCUGGAUACGACUUGCUGCAAGAAGUGACACCUGCAAAUCCGAUGAUGAUAAAAAAGAUUAUGAGGAAUUGGCUACUGCUGUAAUGAGCAUAGUCGAUCGCAUUGUUCACAAGACCCAUGAAAAGAUUGAUUCAGCAACCGAUGUUCUCAAGGAGAUCUUGGAACCUGCAGUCAACGAGGAGGAAGAGACUCCUUGGCCUCCUAAAGAUCCCGAGGCUCUCAAAACAAUGGAGAAAAAAAUAUUUCAAAUGGAGCAGGAAGGGAAACUAGACGAAGGUUUCCUUGCAGAAGUCAGCGCACAAUUACGGCAAGCGAAAGAAGAUGCGGAUAAGCCAGGCCUUGAGGCUAUGUUGCAAAAGGUUCUGCAGCUCUAUGCUUCUACAGUUCUUUCAAAGCGUAGUUAUGCGAAGAAAGGGAAUGAAGUGUUGAAGGCUGAACAGUUUCUCGAAACAGUGAUAAAAGCUCCUGAGCAAGAAUGGAACAAGCUUUUGAUUGAUGGAUUAGCUGUUGGUAAAGGAGAAAUUUCAGCAGAAGAUUUUUAUGCUGUAAUCAAGAAACGGAUUGAGCGGACUUUAAUCCGAACUGAGGGAGGCUCGUACCAGCAACGUAUUCUAACUGAAUAUUUAAAGGGAAUUGAAUCGAGAGCAGAGGAGGUUGUCCAGUUUCUUCAGGGCAAUACGGCAUAGAAGAAAUGGCAAUUUGCAGAUCUGGAGGCAUGAAAUGUACAUUUUCUGAACAGUUCUAUUGUGCAACAAUGAAUGCUGUUCUAGAAGCUAUGGGAGUAUUGGAGAGCUCCAGGCAGUGUUAUCCCCCAUUGAUCCCCUUCCUUGAUCUCCAUAAUUUUGCUUCUGAUUUGAAUUUUGUGUAUACGUAAUUAAGCCUCAAAACCAUGUUGCUGACUGAAUCACUGUAAUUAUUAGGUAAUGCUAUAAUGCUAUAUUGCUAUGAA